GAUGCCAAAAGUCUCAAUAUUAAGAUAUUAUGCAGUUCGUAAAGGUUAUAAUUCAGGAAUCUAUUUAAAUUGGAAGGAUUGUGAGAAACAAGUAAAGGGUUGCUCUGGUGCUUUGUAUAAAAAAUUUGAAACAAAGCAACAAGCUCAGAAAUAUAUUGAUGAACAAAAAAUUGAAGGUGAUAAUCUAUUGAAUAUUUGGACAGAUGUUUAUUGUAAGAAGAAUAUAAAAACUGAUACAAUUGCAAUAAUUCGUGCUUUAGAAAUUUGUGAUAAAAAAUUAGAUAUAGUUAUUAAUACAGAUAGUUUAUAUAUUAUUAAUUCAAAAGGUGUUAAAAAACCUAAAGUAAACUUUGAUCUAGUGAACUGGUUAAAUGAUUUGAUUAAAGAACAUGAAGGAAAAACAUAUUUCAAACAUGUAAAAGGUCAUUUAGGCAUUUUUGAAAAUGAAGAGGCUGAUCAUUUAGCCUAUCUUGGAUCAAAGAAACCAUUUGUUAAAUUAUGUUUACCAGAAGUGGUAAAAAAUAAUAGUAGUAAUGUUAGAUUUGCUGUUGAACAUAUUUAUUCAACAUGA